UCCUCUCCUCUGCUAACUUAGCUUUUGGACCCUUUGGCUGGUCUGCUUUGGUGGUUGAAUUUGAGGCCAGAGUAAUAGACUAGUGUUUUUGAGUGUUUGGCCAUGGGAAGAGCUCCAUGCUGUGACAAAUCUAAAGUGAAAAGAGGACCGUGGUCCCCCGAAGAAGACACCACCCUCAAGAACUACCUCCACAACCAUGGCACUGGUGGCAAUUGGAUUUCGCUCCCUACCAAAGCAGGCCUCAACCGUUGUGGUAAGAGUUGUCGAUUGAGAUGGCUGAAUUAUCUUAGGCCAGACAUCAAGCGUGGAGGUUUUACUGAGGAGGAAGACAACCUUAUUUGCACUCUCUACGGUACCAUUGGAAGUAGGUGGUCUGUUAUAGCAUCCCAACUGCCAGGAAGAACAGACAAUGAUGUCAAAAACUAUUGGAACACCAAGUUGAAGAAAAAAUUCUUCGCAGCAUAUAACAUGAAUUUGGCUUCAAGAGAGUUUCCGGCUUCAGUUCCCAAAUUUGAAUCUGGAACCCCUCAGGAUCAUGGGACUUCAUCAUCUUGUUUUGAUGGUACAUUGCCAUAUCUAAUGGACGUGAGCUUGGGGCAGAGUUUUGAUCAACAAAAGCAAAUAAGUCAAUUUUCUCAUUCAAAUUUUCUGGAAGUUAAUGAUUUUGGCACUUGUGGAAGUAAGAGUUUCACCAAUAUUUCAUCAUCUCAAGAAGCUUCAAGUCUUCCCACUUCAUCUAUUUUGGGUUUGGAGAACAAUUACACCCUGUGGUCUGGCGAUGAAAGUGGGGCUCUUACGGACUAUGGAUUUGAGCCUCCUGCUGAUGCUCUUCUGGGUAACUUUGGUUAUUAGGCAAAUAUUUAAAUAUACUUACGAAUUUGCUCUAUGUAUUAUGCAUAUAAAAACUCUCUCCUUACCUACAUGUUAACAGCAGGCUAUAAACUCAAGAUGCCAA